CACGCUCAAGUGAUUAUGGAGGUUAACUUCCGGUGAUCAUUACAAACAGGAGUCGAGAUUUUAACCUAUUUUUAAUUGAAAACAAACAGAAUCGCGAACUUUUGUGCAUUUAUAGCUAGGACAAUAAAUUGACAAUGCCACCUAAAUUGUGUGGAAGGUGCAAUAAAACAGUUUAUCCUACAGAGGAGCUGAAAUGUUUGGACAAGACAUGGCACAAAGGAUGUUUCAAAUGCCAGGUAUGCAAUAUGACACUCAACAUGAAAAACUACAAGGGAUACGAAAAAUUGCCAUACUGCAAUGCCCAUUACCCACAGACAAAGCACACAGCAGUAGCAGAUACUCCUGAAAGUAGAAGAAUAGCUGAAAACACAAAAAUACAGAGUAAUAAAGAGUACCGCAAAGAAUUUGAGGAGAACAAGUCUAGGUGUUACCAGAUAGCAGAUACACCGGAGAUGAGAGCGCACCUCCGAAACACCCAAAAUAUCAGUAUGAUCAAAUAUCAUGCAGAGUAUGAGAAACAGAAGGGUAAGAAAAUCACUGUUGCCGAUGACCCGGAAACCCAGCGUGUACGUCACAACAUGGAUGUGAUUAGCAAUGUCAGUUACCAUGGUGACAGAGAAAGAAGAACCCAGAUGGAGAUGGCAAGGCCAGCAGAACAAGUUGAAGGUCAGUACGGCAACCAAUCAUCAGGGAGACGAACGUCUGAUUCUGGGGCAGGGGAGGAUGACGCCGGGCGGAUAAGACAGAACCCUGGCCGUAUUGCAGACUACGACCCCACCACGGAGCAAUAUGGUGGCGGUGGAACGCCAUAUUCGAACAGAAACUCUGCAGGUGCUAAACAAGUGUAUGACUCAAACAUUGGACGAGACGAGGUGCUGGAAGAAUAUAAUGACCGUGAGCGUCGUGUGUCCAGAGGUUCCGUAAAAAAUCGUGUUCAGAGGUUUUCCUCGUCUGGCGAUGAGGAUCAGGCACGACUGGAGCAGCCACAGUCUCGUAAAGUUGGCUCAAUUAGCGACUAUGAUCCGUUGAACGAGAAGUACGGCUCCAUAGCAGGACAACAUACAGAUCCCCGAAGAGCCCAGCCAGUGCAACAGCCAGCGCAGCAGUAUCAGCCCCCACCUCAGCAGUAUCAGCCCCCACCUCAACCACAAUAUCAGCCCCCAGCAGAACCUCAACAGCCUAGAGAUGAACAUGCUGGCAAAGGGAUGUGUUGUCAGGCUAUGUAUGAUUAUGACGCUGCCGAUGCAGAUGAAGUCAGUUUUCGGGAAGGCGAUAACAUUAUAUUCUGUCAACCUAUUGAUGCUGGCUGGAUGGAAGGUACAGUGGAGAGGACGGGAAAAAGAGGAAUGUUACCAUCAAAUUAUGUCGAGAAAAUCAACUAGCUGUUUUUUAAAUAAAAUUAAUCAUUUUAUGUAUAGAACAUGUAUAUUUAGCUGAUUGUCGGAGGUGUUGAAGCUGAAGCUUAUAGAAGUCAGAACCAGAUUUACAUUUGAAUUGUGAUGGAAUCGUGAUAUGUAGAAAUACCUAGAAGCUUUUAUCUCAAUGAUUUUUAUCAGCGUUUUAAACUCUUAAAACUUUAAAAGGAACAGUUUCGAAUAAUUGAGUGUUUAAGAAUUCUCAAAAUCUUACGGCUGUUAAAAGAUUUAGCCAGACUUUAAUGAGUUAAGUGUUUGGAGUCAAGACAUAAAUUAAAUUCUUGCAGUUUUCGUGAGUGGACACCGUGUUUACUGAAUAGGUUAAUGUUAUGUUAGAAUUGUCAUUAAUUUUCAACUGUUUAUGAGUAUAUAUAACAGCCUAUAAGUUUAUUUAUAACUUGUGUAUAAAAGUUAUGCACUUAAGUUUCGUUUCCAUAUUCAGAUCUGCAGUUAGAAAAUAGUGUAAAUAUACCAACUGAUGUACAUGCAACCUAUAGUGACAAAAUCUUCGGUUUAAAUUUUUGUUUUCUUACGUCCGCUUUAACCAGUAUUUGUAGAUGUUAAGAAUUCCUUUCUACUUUUUAUUCUCCCUAUCCUUUCAUUCUUUAUUCUGUUUUUUUGCUGUUUCCCGUUAGAGCAAACUUAUUUUCCACUUUGUAAGUAAGCAUGCAUUUGCUUUAAUUUUAUUUUCUUGCCGCAAGUUUCAAGAUUUAUAAGUUAACAUGCAUCCAUUGAAUUUGCAGUUUUAUAUAAAAGCACAAGAAGCACAAACUAUAUUCAGUCUAGAACAUACCAUAUUUCUCUACUUAGCACACUUUAGGUAAGUUUAGAUGUAGUUAGGACAGAUAAUUAUGUUUUUGUUUGUAAAGUUGCCAUAUUUUGUAAGAAAGGAAGGAGAAUGUUUAGAAGAAAGGGGAUGGGAUAUUCUAAUAUCACAUUGUUAUUUUUAUUUCUGUUUACUUGAUUGUUUUGAUUUAUUUCGUCAGUAUGUUUUAUAUUUUACGAAAUAAUCAGAUUAAAUAGGAAGUUACGUUAUCUGGUACCACAAGCUUCUGGUAUGUGUGUAUUUUGAAUUUUUGUUUCAUUCUUUCAUUUGGCACGGAUUGUUCCACUUUACAAAGAGUUGUUUUUCGCUGUAUCUGUUAUAUUGUACACUGUGGGAAUACCAUUGCAUUGUCGGUCAGCCUUCAUACAAACUAGGACUAAUUGACAUUCUAUGCUUUGAAGGUUUGAAAAUUUCAUAAAGUCAUCUCUGUAAAUACCAGUACAAAACUGUUGUUUGUAGACAACUUGUCAUGUUUUUCAUGUCUAUCAGGUUCAAUAUUGAAAAUUUAGGGUAUUUAACAUUCGUGAAUCAGAACAUUUUCACUUUAUGACAAAGGUAAAGACAUAGGAUUUGUUUGGUACAUAAAACUGAACAUGAUAUGUCAUUUUUUAUGACUAUUUGGAUAUUAACCCUUAGCAUGCUAGAUAAAUUGUCGUCUGCUGGAAAUGUCAUCUACUAAAAUUGUAAAGUUCAUUCAGUUUGCUCCAAAAUUGGAAGAAAUAUUGUCAGAGUAGCAAACAGCUUGGAACCUGAUCAGACGCUGAUUUAAUCGGCGUCUGAUCUGGUUCCAAGCUGUUUGCAAAGGCUGUUAAAUUCGCCUGCAGCAGGCUAAGGGUUAAUUGUUUAGGACAUAAAUUAGUGACUGGUGGCUAAAUGAAGUGUUUAAACUUUCAGUUUUAAAGGAAAUACCCUGUUUUUAGGGUUUUAACUUCAGUUAUACCAAUUCCGUUAAAGUUUCAUUAAUUACACAUAGAAAAUUUGGGGGGUGGUGGGGGAAUGAGGGUUAUCUUUUUUUUCAACCUGGCAAAGUUACUUACUACAUGACAAGGGCUAAAUUGAAAAUUAAGGAACUCAUUGGACAUUAGGAAAACAUUGAUAGCAGUUUCCUGUGGAGACCUUUGUAUUAGUUUUAUUAACCUGAAAUCAGAUUUAUUUAAAGUUCGCAUAGUAAAAAAAAAAAAAAACAAACAAAUACAAAAAAAUGCUUAUGUUCAGUGCAUGGCAGCAUAGUAAAUGGUGUUAUUAUAUAUAUAAAGCUAGUUAUGUUACCUUUGCUUUGACUAUAUUUGUACCUGAAAAUACAUGUUUAGGUUGGAGUUAAGUUUUACAUUGUUUAUCAUGUAAGCAUUGAACAAAUGUUUUAAUUACUGAAAAUAUGUUGUUUGUUUUUUUAAAAGAUGGUAGAAUUUAGAAUGUUUUAUUAGAUGUUCGUGCUGUGAAAAGUUGACAAAACUGACCUGUUAUCUGCAAAACAACUGAACUUCUUAUGAUAGCAUGGAGAAUUGUAAAUAUAUCGCACAGCUUUUAGGAGAAUUUUUUGUAAAGAGUUAAAAAAAUUAUUCACUCAGUUAAAAAUAGCAUUCUCAGAGAAAAUGUGAAUAGUUUUAUGGUUGUUUCGGGUUUGAAUGUAUUGGUUAAACAUUUGUGUGUCAAGUCUUUCAUGUCUGUUUUGUAUACGUCAGUAGAUAUGUGUUUAUAUGUUUGCUAGCUUGUUGAUAUAUGUGUUCCUCAGUCAUGUUCUUAAUAUUAUGUGUGUCUGACUUAUGCUGUUAAAAUAAAAUAUGUGCACAGUCAUGAUAAAAAUGUCAGUCUAGCUGAAGUUUUUGUUGGGGGCCUUUUUUGAAGAAUGAAAACAAGAAUAUGCAAACUGUCAUGAAAUAUUUCUAUUGCAGAGAUAUUGUUAUGCAACAACUGUUUUUCAAUUCCCGUUAAUUUACAAAAACUAUGAAAGUUGAUCAUUUAAUAGGUCACACUGCACACUUUUAGAUACUGUCUGUGUAAUUCACACUAGAAUAAAAUGUACAAAUGUGGUGUUCCAAUUCAUUGAAUAAAUCAAUCCUUAAAUGGCUAGAUUGUCUUUUUUAACAUGACUGUGUGCAUGGCUAUGCUGUUGAUGAAUAUGUACAAGGGCUAUGUUGUUUUACAGUGUAUGAAAUAGGAUAUAUGUGUACCAAAACUAUGCUGUUUCUCUUUGCUUUGCUGUUCAUAUUUUUCUUGUUUUUUAAUGUGAUCCUGUCUCCAGCUGCUAUAUAAAAUCUUUAAGCUUUUUAGUUUGUUAACUUUAUCACAGGAAUUAGCAAUUUAUCAAAAUAUUCUCUCAUUUGGCCUAUUACUUAAAUCAAGCAUUUACAGUAUUGAGACUGUGUGUAUUAUUUUGUAGUAGUAAAAGGCUUCUAUUUCCAACAUACUAGUAUAUGUCGGUAAUGUAUUUUGAAAAUUCCUAGGUUAUAUCAUUUAUCUUAUAUGUAAUUUCUUCACUAUCUACAGCUUGCAAUAAAAAGGGAAAUUUUGGUGUUCUUUUGAUGAAACAUUUGCUUUGGGGAUGUGGGCUGUAUUUCAAGACAUUUUGGAGCACCAUUGUUUAUUUGUAGAUAAUUUGUUACUGUGUACUUGCAGAAUGAUUUUUUCUGAUUCUACAUAGCACAUGAAAAGGAAAGGUUUUGUUCCUAACAUGAAAGAAGUAUUUUGAGAGAAUUGCUAGCUCCGUUAUCUUUAUCUACGCAUAGUUUAUUUAAAAUGGUCUGUACGGGUAAUUCAUCGACCUAAAGUAGUUUUUUUAUAGACUUGGGUGGCAAGUGCAGUUAAACACUUGAAUGUUAGAAUUUAUCUAGGAAAUUUGUAUAUUAAAAUAUCUAAAAAUAGCAAUAUACAAGUUUAUUAAAGAUUUAUAUGUAGUUAUAGGGUAUUUAUUUUACAGUAUAUAUAGGCAAAAAAGUUGCUAACAUUUGCUCACAAAUCAAAUCGAGAUCAAAAUAGACCAGAAUGUAUACUGUUUAAUUCUUGAUGCUGUAUGUUUCUUAUUUUUCAUUUCUCAAACGAGUCUGCAAUCAACUGCCAUGGUAUUUAUCAAAAAGCUUCCCUUCCACCUUCCUGUUACUUCCGGCACACAUAUAUAGUCAGAUUUUCUUAUCUGCCCAUUUAAUGUUCUUUAAAAAAAAAUGCGUGCUUUUUCGUACCCAUAAGCUUUGAAUUGUUUUCAUAUCAUUUUUUUUUCAGUGCUAAUAUAGUUCAGAAAUCAAAGACAAAGCAAGACUGUUUGAUAGAAAUACAGAUUUUUAGACAGUUAUCCGCAAUUAUUUAAUGAUAUUUACUAGUAAUUUAUUAUACUCGGUGUUUUCAGAUUAUAUAUUCUAACUUACUUGAUUUCUGUAACUUGCUGGGUCGUUUGUACAACAAUGUAUUCUUCACAUUAGUUUAUAAUAAAUUAAAAGGAUAAAAUGGAAAAAA